UUGACGCACUUGAGAAAAAGCUUGCAAUACUCUUUCCAAAUUCACAUUAGAAAAAGUGGACUUUUCGUCCAAGGAAACUCCCAUGAAGUGGACAAAUACUGUAGCAUAACAUAGUCUACAAUUAGCAGUACUGGACAUGCAGCAAUCGGCUGCUUGUUAAGAGCAUGUUUGCUUACAUGUUGAUUUUUAAUUAUGAAUUAGGUUCUGUUUUCAUUUUCUUAUUCUUUUCUGAAUUAUUUUCACGAUUGGUGAUUGUACGGCCUAUAAGUCACCAGAGGUAAAUAUGUGAAAUACAAUCACACAAAAAAGAAAGACAAUCAGUCUAGGCCUACAUGGAAAAAGACGCUUUGCAAUUCAAACAGUUUUUUUUCUAAUUUGUAUGUGGUAGUCAAAUGUAUGUUGUCUGUCUAAUGUGUAAUUAUCGUGAAUAAUUUAGUUAUGAUCGAUGGAAAAUGGAAAAUGGGUGGUUGAACGCAUUGUUGUCUGGGUGAUAUGUAGCCAGAAGUUGAAGCGAGCGGUGCAUCUAGCGUCAUGGAGUUGAAUACUGCUGACGUUAUUACUGACGCAACUCACUCGCUGUUAAACAAUAUGCCACUGUUGCUGUGGGAUUCCCUGACUACAAUGGCAAGCUAGUGGUGUCCGACUGUAAUGAGGAAAUGAGCUUCAGAAGUUCAAUAGACUACAACUUUCCUUAAAAAAGAGGAAAGGGUCUCAUAGUGGGUGUCAUUGUUUUGGCUGUGAACUAAAGCACUAAGGGACAUGCUAGCACAUCUACUUUUGCACACCACGGAGUCUCGUAAUGUGUUAAGUUUCUACUUUAGAGAGUAGAGGUGCAGAGUGGUAGAAGUAGGCUACAAGUUUACCUAUAAUUAGCAUCCUAAUUUCAAAAUGAUGAUCAUACCUUUUGAGUGAAAAUUGGUUGAAGUGGUCAAUUGGUUAAGUUCAGUCAGUAAAUUAAUUGUGCCACUGAAAGUUCCCGUUCUGGUUGGACUCACUGAGAGUUCACAAAUUCGUCUUAACAAAUCGAUGAAUAGGGUGCCAGGAAGCAUUGACUGUCUGAGUCUAGACAGCGUUUGUUCAAAAAGAGAUUUCUCUCACUUCCCCUCUGUUUGGCCAGCAUCUGUACUUUACUAUAGGAGCAGCGCAAAGAGGAACACGCGGUCCGUCACUUAAAGAGGUGGCGUCAUGGACGUCAGAUGACGUCCAGCCUUUUGGCACGUGGGCUGCGGCAUUCCAAGUGCUGAUAAACAAAGGCGCACAUUGCGCUCAGCAGCCAGUACUCGCUCAGAGCGCACUGAGAGAAAGUCUCCAGCGACGGAGUUGUCUCUGUUUUUUCUCAGUCUCACAGGACUCAGGAUUUACCGCCAGAUUAUCCAGCGACUAGGAUACAAACAUAAAUAUCUGACCACUCAUCUGUAUGGAUAAAGGGCGGUGCUGACACCUGAAGGUACUCCAGUUUUAGCUCAAUAUAAUAACCAUUUAAUCAUUUUGAAUGUUUGCGCGAUUUGUUUCAGCUGUAUUGGUGUGUUGUCUGCAUAGGUUUAUGUGUGACAAAAAAAAAACAUCUGGUUACAAGGUCACAAACUUGAAGCUGCAUGACGGAUCAAAGUUGCAACAGAAUAUUCCUAAAAAAGAUAGUUGUUAAUUCAUAACAGCGUUUUUCGAACUUCAAAAGUUUUAAUGCUGCAGACAUAUUUGCUCAUACAUGGAGAAGAAGAUAUGCUGAUAAGGGUAAUACAAGGUUAUAUUUGAAUUCGGUGGUGGGAUUUGGACAGAAUGAGAUUAGUCAGCGAGACAGAUGUAAGCAGUCCAACUAAAUAAGCGAGUGCGUUUUUCUUCAUAUGAUUCGAAGAAGUCCUGAGUCCAAACUUGCUGAAAUUAUACAAAAAGACUACUAAAAUUAAGUUUAUCGUUUGAUCUGUGCUCAAAUUAUAAUAAGUAUGACAGAUGGCACUCAGCUAGCACAACUGCGCUGACAACUGCGUCAUGAUGUUUUUGCUACAAGUAUUCUUUGUUUACUCCAAUCACUUAAGGUCUGUUUGCAGUUUAAACAAUGAAUUGCGCACAGACACAUGCGUGUUAUUAUGGUAGCAAUAGGCGAGUCUCUCACCUGCCAGGUAGUCUUGAACAUGCGUUCACAUUUUUGUAUUUGCACAAAAUUCAGAGUCAUAUUGUUCAGACGUCUUCCCUACUCUCGUUGACAGCCAUGCCCUGCGUCCAGGCUCAGUAUGGGUCAUCGCCGCAAGGAGCAAGUCCAGCAUCCCAGAGCUACAGCUACACGCCAACCAGAGAGUACAGCUGCGACUUCCUGACGCCCGAGUUUGUCAAGUUUAGCAUGGACUUGACUAACGCUGAGAUCUCAGCCACCACAUCCCUCCCGAGUUUCAGCACUUUCGUGGACACCUACAAUUCCAGCUACGAGGUUAAACCCCCUUGCCUCUAUCAAAUGUCUCACGCCGGGGACCAGCUAUCCAUAAAAGUCGAAGACAUGUCCGUACACGGAUACCAUCCCCAACCUCACCUUCCGCAUCAGUCCGAGGAGAUGAUUCCUCACUCGGGUUCCAUGUACUACAAAUCUUCUUCUCCCAGUCUCUCGGCCCCGCCAAACUUUCCAGUCACAACUAAUCACGGGUGGGACGAAACAGGUUCCCUCCACACUUUCCAUCCAAACUAUGUUGCGACCUCACAUAUGAUGGAUCAUCAGCGCAAAAGCGCCGUGUCCCGGCUGUUCUCCUUCAAACAGGCAUCGCAGUGUGCGCCUGUGUCUGGCUGCACGAUGCGAUUCGACAGCUCCCCUGCAGGCCACCGUGUAUUGGAGGGGCAGAACUUUUCCGUCCCCGGCGCCCUCCGAAAGCAGCAUGGAAUUGGCUUCCACCACUCCCUACCGCUCGGCCAUGGGCACCAUCUGAUGGAAAGAGUUCCAUCGCCUCCGUCCAGGGGGUCACCGUCCGCCGAGGGCUUGUGUGCCGUGUGCGGAGACAACGCAGCCUGUCAGCACUAUGGAGUGCGCACCUGCGAGGGCUGCAAGGGAUUCUUCAAGAGAACUGUGCAGAAAAACGCCAAGUACGUCUGCCUUGCCAACAAAAACUGUCCUGUUGAUAAACGACGGAGGAAUCGGUGCCAGUACUGUCGUUUUCAGAAGUGCCUUGUUGUGGGAAUGGUUAAAGAAGUUGUUAGGACUGCUAAUUUAAAGGGUCGCAGAGGUCGUCUGCCGUCCAAGAUGAAGACUCCACCAGAUCAGUCAACAUCGCCACCUGUCAGUCUUGCCACAGCUCUUGUCAGGGCACACGUGGAUUCAAACCCGCCCAUGUCCCGACUCGACUACUCAAGAUUUCAAGCUAACCCAGACUACCAUGUCGUUGGAGAUGACACGGAGCACAUCCAGCAGUUCUACGACCUGCUGACUGGCUCCAUGGGUAUCAUACGGGGCUGGGCCGAAAAGAUACCAGGAUUCUCUGAUCUUCCUCAACCUGAUCAAGACCUGCUCUUUGAAUCGGCCUUUUUGGAGCUCUUCGUUCUUCGUCUAGCGUACAGAUCUAACCCGAUGGAGGGCAAGCUCAUUUUUUGUAACGGAGUGGUCCUGCACAGGCUGCAGUGUGUGCGGGGCUUUGGAGACUGGAUCGACUCCAUAGUGGAGUUUUCAGCCAACCUGCAGAGUCUGAAUCUGGACGUCUCAUCAUUCUCCUGCAUCGCUGCGCUCACCAUGGUAACAGAGAGACACGGACUGAAAGAGCCGAGGAAAGUGGAGGGACUUCAGAACAGAAUUUUAAACUGCUUGAAAGACCAAGUAACGUUCAACGGCACCCACAGUCAAAAUCACCUGUCCAAACUGUUGGGGAAGCUCCCCGAGUUGCGCACUUUGUGCACGCAAGGACUGCAGCGUAUUUUCUACCUAAAACUUGAAGAUUUGGUUCCCCCGCCGGCAAUUAUCGAUAAACUGUUCCUGGAUACAUUGCCCUUCUGAAUAUUUCAACUGGACUUAGUAAGAUUCUUUCGGACUCAAGUCGGACAACGUAAAGAUCUACAGAGGAAAACAUGUCAAAUUUUAAUAACACCCGAUUCAUUAAUUUACCCUUAGUGUGGUGGUUAGCGGCAGAAAUUAACGGGAAGAGAAGCAUAAAUCAGUUAAUUUUUAAGUAUCAUUACCUUAGUAGUUGGUUUAUGGAUCACACACAAAAUUGGGCAUUUGAAAUCUUGAUUUUGUCUAUAGAAAACCCGAACCACUUCGUGAUUGCAUUACAACAGACUCCUGGACGGAUACGGCCCGGAUCUGAUUUAUAUCUACUGUCAAGAUCCGUUUAGUUGUCAGAUGCAAUCUACAUAUAGCUCUUAAUAGUGCUAAAAGUGUUCAUUUGUACAAUCAGAGGUAUAUGAUGAGGUCUCACUUGCAGCAGUUUCUAAUUUUUCCAGACUUCAGUUAACAAAUAAUUGACUUGUCACUAUCUUUGCCUAUGUGUAUGGGUUUGGCAGGGGUAGGGGUGGGGGGCUUUCAUAAGAUAGCCUAUGUAUAUUUUAUAAAUGGUCUAUAACCACUAACCACCCAAUUUUACACAUGGUGUAUGGUUGCAUACAGAUUUUAUGAAAUAUGAUUCGCCGAGAAUAUACAUGUUUGGCUCAACGUUGAGCAGAAUGUGCAGUCCAGCUAAAAUAGUUGUUUAGUAUUUUGUGAGUUUGUUCGACAUUUUUUGUUUUCGGUGGAUAUGAGUUCAUCGUAUUGUUGUUGUGAAACAGGUUUUAUGACAAAACUGCCUUUGCAUGGAAUUUCAUAAUCCAUAAACAUGCUGUCUUAAUUUCUUAUCUGAACUAAGUUUCUGACAUUGAAUUCAAUGUGCAAGGCCGGAGAGACUUAAUCAAAUCGCACUGUAUUUUCUAAGUUUUGAUCGUUUUGGAAAUGCAAUAUGUGUUGAUAAGGUACUCUGUAUGAAAGAGAAAUAUUUGUUUUGCUAAUAAAGCUGUCAAGUAAUAAACUAUUUUCUACUCGUU